AGAGACCUCUGGAUGCAGUCAUUGACAAAGGACACAGGCAUGAGUGUGGCCUCUGUGACACUUGCCAGUGCCCUGCAGGUCAGGGGUGAAGCUCUGUCUGAGGAGGAAAUCUGGUCCCUCCUGUCACUGGCUGCUGAACGGCUCCUGGAAGACCUACGUAAUGAUUCCUCAGACUAUGUGGUUUGCCCUUGGUCACUCCUGCUUUCUGCAGCUGGAAGUCUUUCUUUCCAAGACCAUGUUUCCCACAUAGAGGCUGCCCCAUUCAAGUCUCCUGAGCUGCUACAGGGACCAGAUGAGGAUGAGCAGCCCGAUGCCUCACAGAUGCACGUCUAUUCCUUAGGGAUGACUCUCUACUGGUCAGCAGGAUUUCGUGUUCCACCAAACCAGCCCCUGCAGCUUCUGGAACCCCUACACUCCCUCCUGCUGGCCAUGUGUGAAGACCAACCUCAGAGACGGAGGCCACUGCAGGCAGUUCUGGAAGCCUGCCGGAUUCAUCAGGAAGAAGUGGCCGUGUUCCCAGCCCCUGCCAGUCUUCAUGUCAGUCGGCUGGUGGGCUUGGUGCUGGGCACCAUCUCUGAGGUGGAGAGGAGGGUUGUGGAGGACAGCGUGCAGGAGCAGCAGAGCAGAAGCUGCUUUCUCAGGAGCAGGCUGCAGCGGGCUGGCAGUGAGAGCCCCGGAGCUCCGGCCUCUGACACUAUGCAGCCUCGGAGAGUUUCCAACAGAAGCCCAGAGACGCAGAGCUCCUUGGAGCGGUGCUGGAGUGCCACAGCGCACAGUCGCAGCAGCUUCGUUACCAGCAGGGGUCAGCCAGGGGCAGGUCCCUGUGAUUGUGAGGAGGGUCCUCGGUGUGGCUCUGUGCCUAUGCUCUUGGCAGAAGCAGAAAGCUCGCAGCCAGCGACAUCUUCUCCAAGGGAUUUCCUGCAAAGAAAGGGAAAGUGCCCCAGACCAGAGUUCAUCCUGUUGGCUGGAGAGGCCCCGGUGACCCUACAUUUGCCUGGAUCCAUUGUGACCAAAAAAGGGAAAUCCUACUUGGCUCUCCGAGACCUCUGUGUGGUCCUACUGAGCGGACAAUGUCUGGAGGUGAAGUGUGAUGUGGAGUCCACAGCAGGAGCUGUCUUCACUGCUGUCAUGUCCUUCACCAACCUUGAGGAGACCACCUACUUUGGCUUGGCUUAUGUGAAAGAUGAAGAGUUCUUUUUCCUGGACACAGACACCAGAUUGUGCAAACUUGCCCCAGAAGGCUGGAGAGAGCAGCACCCAAAAGGUUCCAUGAACACUUUAACACUCUUUCUGCGGAUAAAGUUCUUUGUCAGUCACUAUGGGCUGCUCCGGCACAGCCCAACAAGGCAUCAGUUUUACCUGCAACUUCGAAAAGACAUUUUAGAAGACAGGCUGUAUUGCAACGAUGAGACACUGCUGCAGCUGGCAGUCCUUGCCCUGCAGGCUGAGUUUGGCAAUUAUCCUAAGGAGCAGGUGGGGAGUAAAGAAUACUUCCGAAUUCAAGAUUACAUCCCGGCAAGGCUUAUUGAGCGGAUGACAGCAAUCCGGGCCCAAGUAGAAGUCUCAGAGAUGCACCGACUCAGUUCUGCGCCGUGGGGAGAGGAUGCCGAGCUAGAGUUCUUAGAGGUUGUUCAGCAACUCCCAGAAUAUGGAGUCUUGGUUCACCGCGUUUUCCCAGAGAAGAAGAGACCAGAAGGGGAAUUGGCCUUGGGGUUCUGCACCAAAGGCAUCAUAGUCUACAAAGUGAAAAGCGGCUGCAGAAUGGCAACAUUACAGUUUCCUUGGAGAGAAAUUGGGAUGAUUUCAACUCAUAGAAAAAAGCUCACCAUCACCAGCAGCAGCACUGGGGAAAAGUUCACCUUUGUCACCGAUUCAGCCAAGACCUGUAAAUACUUGCUGGGCCUCUGCUCUGCCCAGCAUUGGUUUAAUGCUCAGAUGGGCUUCGAGCCGCCUCCGCAUCUUCUAACUGUUCAGGAUAAGUUCAUACAAAUAGCCAACGUGAAUUCUGCACACAAGACAAAGGUCAACCCUCUCACUUGGAUUCAGAAACUGUCAUGCUCAGAAAAUGAGUUGUGUGUACCCAGGUUGCAGAAUGCCAUAGGAAGCCAACUGGGUACAUUUGUGGACAACACACAAGGCAACAAGGAGCCCAGGACAAAAGGAAUCAGAAGCAGUCCUUACACCGGCCGAGAGCAGCUGAACAGCAUCAGUAUGAUACAGAAGCCACCUCAUAUUCUCUCUGGGAUACCUCCUCAGAGCAUAUGCACAGGGUCACAGACGAGCAGAAGGAAGAGUUUUACGGAAGAACCCAACCAAGACAUUGUGUGUGUGACACUGAAGCGGGACCCACGUCGUGGUUUUGGUUUUGUCAUUAAUGAGGGAGAAGAUCUUGACCAAGCAAAGCCUGGCAUCUUCAUAUCUUCUCUUAUACCUGGGGGACCAGCAGAAAAAGCUAAAAAGAUCAAACCAGGAAGCAAGAUACUAGCCUUGAAUCACAUCAGCCUGGAGGGUUUCACGUUCAACAUGGCUGUUAGAAUGAUUCAGAAUUCUCCUGACAACAUAGAAUUAAUCAUUUCUCAAUCAAAAGGUGCUUGUGGAAAUAUCCCCGCUGAUGAAAAGAACAGCACAUCAAGUUCUGGCAUGCUAUGUACAGACAUCCUGAGCAACGGGCACCUGGGAAGACAGUCAGCACACACACAUGACCAAGGAAGAAAUGUCAGAGGACCGGAAAUGGCUCAGGGUGCUGGUUCUUGUCCUCCAUCACCUCCAGAAACCAAUGCUGGUGAAAUCUACUUUGUGGAGCUGAUUAAAGAAGAUGGAACACUUGGAUUCAGCGUGACUGGCGGCAUUAAUACAACUGUACCGCAUGGAGGAAUCUAUGUGAAAUCCAUCAUUCCUGGAGGCCCAGCUGCCAAGGAAGGACAGAUCCUACAGGGUGACAGGCUGCUGCAGGUGGAUGGAGUGAGUCUUUGUGGCCUCACUCACAAGCAGGCUGUGCAGUGUCUCAAGGGGCCUGGGCAGGUGGCACGGCUGGUCUUAGAGAGAGGAGGCCCCAGGGCUGCAUGUCCCUCUGCUGACGGCAGGAUGGGAGACGAGCACAUGGCUGUUUCCCUGGUAACAGGCAGGCCUGGCAGACCUGCGAGCUGUGUCUCAGUGACAGAUGGUCCUAAAUUUGAAGUGAAACUGAAGAAGAAUAGUGGUGGUUUGGGAUUCAGUUUCGUGCAGAUGGAGAGAAGAAACUGCAGCCACCUGAAGAGUGACCUUGUAAGGAUUAAGAAGCUCUUUCCUGGGCAGCCAGCUGAAGAGCAUGGGGCCAUUGCAGCUGGAGACAUUAUUCUUGCAGUGAAUGGAAAACCUAUAGAAGGCCUAGCUUUCCAGGAUGUGCUCCAUUUAUUGCGUGGGGCUCCAGAAGAAGUGACGCUCCUCCUCUGCCGACCCCCUCCGGGGAUACUGCCCGAGAUGGAGCAGGGAUGGCAGACCCCUGAGCUUUCAGCAGACCAAAGAUUCACCACGACAACAUGUACUGAAUCAGAGCAGAGCCCCAGCCUCGAUCCAGAGGACAGCUGGAGGGACAGUGCCUCCCUGGACACAGGAGAAGGCCUGGGUCUCAGGCCAGAGUCUUUCUACAAGGCUGUCAGAGGGAUGAAAGGGGACCAAGACAGACAGAGACCCUGGCACAGGUCCUUGAUGCACCCUAUGGAGUCCCAUCCUCACCUGUGCCAAAUGCACCUAGAGCCAGAGGCAGCAGCAUUGGCUACGUCUUUGGAAAAGGAUGUGAGGCAAAACUGCUAUUCUGUGUGUGAUAUCAGGAGACUGAGAAGAUUUUCCUUCUCGUCUUCUCUAACCCGAUUAGCAACAGAUCUUUUCUGA